UUACAGAUUAAAUGUGUACAGUCUAAUCUGUAAUUUAGUUUGAUAUACAACUGACAACAAAACAAAAUUCAAUAUAGUACAUUAGGUAUAUUUUAAUUUUUUUGUCAUUCGGUGACUUUUUUUUAAAAUAAAUUAAGUGAUUUAUACAUGGAAUAUUUCAAAAGCGGAUUAAAAUCUGUGCUAGGCACGCCUGUAGUAGAUGAACAGCCAUCUGGUGCUGAUAUUGUUGAACGACUAGUUGAACGUGUCCAGUAUUCAACAUUGUUAGCAGACAGACGUGAUGCGUGCAGAGCACUCAAAGCUUUAUCUCGGAAAUAUCGUAUUGAAGUGGGUGCUAAAGGAAUGGAUGCUCUAUGCCAAGUUUUACAACAAGACCGGGCUGAUGCUGAAAUUGCUAGUUAUGUUUUGGACACAUUAAAAAUUGUUAUGAAUAAUGAAAUAUAUGAAGAAGAAGAGAUACCCGAUGUCACUGCUAAAGAUUCCCAUAAGUUAGGAGAACGUUUUACAGAAAUAUUUAUAAAAAAGCAGGAAAAUGUUGGAUUAAUUUUGGAUUAUUUAGAAGAAUUUGAUUUUCAUGUACGGUGGCCAGCAAUCCAGUUGUUGUUAUUGUUACUCACUAAUAAAUCUAAAGAUGUACAAGAAAUAAUUUUGGUCAGUCCUAUGGGAGUUUCUAAGCUAAUUGACAUGUUGAGCGAUAGCCGAGAAGUUAUUCGAAAUAAUUCAGUACUUUUACUAACAUUACUAACUAAAAGUAAUGCAAAUAUACAAAAGAUACUAGCAUUUGAAAAUGCCUUUGAUCGCCUUUUUGAUGUCAUUAAUGAAGAAGGCAAUGCUGAAGGAGGAAUAGUUGUUCAAGACUGUCUUAAUUUUAUGUUAUCAUUGUUGAAAAAUAAUAUUUCUACCCAAAAUUUCUUUAAAGAAGGUAAUUUUAUUUCAAGACUUCUACCUUUAUUACAUUUGCCAGCUGAUGAUGAAUGGCCAUUUCAAAGAGUAAAUAAUGUUCACUCUGUUCUUCAAGUAAUUCGUACGCUUAUUUCCCCUACUAAUCCAGCUCAAGCAACUUCGUCAUGCCAGCAAGCUAUGAAUACAUCAGGAAUUUUAAAAGCUAUGUGUGAUUUACUAAUAGCCAAUGGAGUACCCAAAAAUCCUUUAACAGAAGCUAUAAUUACUGUGGCCGAGCUUAUUCGUGGAAACAAUGAUAAUCAAUCAUAUUUUGAAGCAGUGAAGUCUAACAGUUUACCAUCUAAAGAAGUUCUUGUAUUAUUGUUGUGGUCAAUGUUGAACGAUAAACAACCAUUUGAUAUGCGCUGUGCUGUCUUGUAUUGUUUCCAAUGUUACUUAUACAAAAACGAUAUUGGCAAAAUGAAAAUAGUAAACAAAUUACUACCUACUGAAAAAGAAGUUGCUGAAACUUGUGCUAGUCAACUUUUGUGCCAAGGUUUGUUUUGUAAGGAGCCACUGGGCAUUUGGUUUUCAUCAGUAGCACUGUCACACGCUCUUAUCGAAAACCCAGAUGGAAAAGAAAAAUUAGUCAAUGUCAUGUUAGCCUCUCAACAUGAAAAUCCACCUACUUUGUUGCAACAGAUUAUGAUUUCUAUACAAUCAACUGAUAAUGCACAAAGCAAAAUUGGAUAUUUAAUGUUUUUGUCAACAUGGUUUUCACAUUGUUCUCUAGCUAUUGGACAUUUUCUAAAAAUUAAUAAUGGUAUUCCAUAUUUUAUCACUCAGGCUAACCGAUUGGAAAAUGAAGAAACUGAGGAAAUUGUUAGUGGUUUGAGUACUUUCAUCAUGGGUUUAUGUUUAGCGUUCAAUCCGGAAACUGUGGAUAACUUCAAAAAAGACAACCUAAGACACUUGGUUACCAAACGAAUUGGUAUUGAAACGUUCGUGGACAAACUUAACGAUGUGUCUAGAAAUGAAUCUUACACCAAAGCCAGCAAACACCCUCAACCUACAGCAAAUGAUCACACCGGUCUGCUCUUGGACUACGAGUUUUGUAAAUUGUUCAAAAUGUUGGAAGGAAUGGUGAUGAGAACGUUAAAUACACAACCCGAACAAGAAGAACACGAAAAAUCUUUUGUGAACCUAAAGCAAAUUGAAGAGCUCAAUGUUACUGUGGAAAGUUUGAAAACCGAAUUGGCGGAAAAAACCAAUAGGAUUGAAGAACUAUGUAGGUUAGCCAAUGAUUUUAGAGACGACACGGAUCGGUUAAAAGCAGAGUUGUUUAAAAUUCAAGAGAAUCACAUUGCUUUAAUGCAUGCUUACCAGCAGAAGGAGAACGAACUGGAAUCUUACAGACGACUACUUGAAAUGCACGGAAUUUGGAAUGAUCCUAAUCCUCAACCGGAAAUGGCGUAUGUACCACAAAACAAUGAUCCGCAGCAACCGCAAUUACAACAGUAUGAAAACGGUGACAUGUACCAACAGCAACAAGACCAAUCAAAACAACAACAACAGCAAGAUGAACAACAGCCGGACCAGCAACAACAAUUACAACUACAGCACCUAGCCAAAUUGUUCAGAAACGACUUAAACGUGUAAAAGAAUAAUAUUGUCCGUUUCAACCUUCGUUGUUUUUUUAUAAUGUAUUAUAAAAAGAACCAAGAACUGUAUCUUUAUACUGGUAAUUUUUUUUUUAAUACUUUGAUACAGAUUUUAGGCUUCGAUAUUUAUUUAUACAUUUUUAACGAUUUCUUUAUUGCGUUAAAGGUAUUUUAAGAAGAA